AGAGCCCCUCUCCCCCUCCUGACUCUCUGUUCCAAGUCAGCACUUGGGUCCUCAGGAGCCACGUUGCAGCCAGCUGCAGUCAGACCUCACACACGUGUACACACACUUGUAACUUGCACAACCAGGAUAAGCUUCCGAUUGUAAUCCUCUGCCCUUGGUCUGGCUAGGAGCUCCUUCUGUGUCCUCCUGGUCCUCACAGCCACCCUCCUGAGGUGACGUGUGCUCCCUGUACUUUCCACGGAGACCCAAGUGUAGCAAGGAGGAGGGAGCAUGUUGCUUUUGCUUAUUGCAGUGGACCUGGCUCUCCUCACAGCCCUUCUUCUUGAAGGACUUGCUGAAUAAGUAUUUGUUUUAAAAGAAGAUACUGUGUGGAAUGGAGGAACCGAGGCUCACUUACGUGCCCCACAGCUACUGGGUGGGCAGGUCUUGAAUGAACCACGUGGUCAAGGCUGCACUGGGGUUCUGUGAGCAGGCAUGACUGUCUGCGGUGUCAGCCCAGGUGGCAGGAAGCAGAGUGAGUGGCAAGCGGACUGGAGGCACUGAUGAAGGAACGCACUCCAGGUGGCAGACCCUGUGAGGGUGGCCCAGGCCGAGAAGGCCACCACUCCAAGCUGGGGCUGGGCCAGGGAGACCAGGCCAGUCUCCUGAUGAGCCCAUCUGAAACUUCAGGGGUAGCAACCCCAACAGGUGCAGGAGGGGGCCAGCCUCCCAGGCCAGAAGCAAGCACAGAGGGAGAGAAGAAAUGCACAGAGAUUGUUCUGAAUUGCUUCCUAAAGGGCUUGGCAAAUCCCGAGUUUCCUGCCAUGGCCCAGCAUUUUCCUGUGGGCCUCUGUAUUCCUGUGAGGUCCUUCCUUGGGAGCAGGGUACCGCCCCUCUUUGAGCUGGGCAGGCAGGAGGGAGCCGGGCAGCCCAGCCCCACCCUCCAUCAGUCUCCAGCCUGUCCUGCAGGCAGCCAGCUCUGCUCCUCCAUCUGCUCCCCCCCUGCUCUGGGGAAGAAUUCCUGGGAGAGUCCUGCUCUCCUUCUGAAGGGUGGGAUGCUGUAUUUCCAAAGCCGACAGUUCCCUCUACUGGCCUGGUUUGAGGAACUACAUUUUGAGCACCUGGAGUGACAGCAGUCAGGUUUUUAGGCAACCUAAAUUCUCUAGUCUUUUUAUUUUCUGUUUGCUUUCCUGGAAUCAAGGAGUCCCCGUUUCAUUUGUUACUAUGUUCUUAGUGACGGCACGAUCCUUACCCCCUAACCGGCCUCAGGAAUCGUUGAAUGAAUCAGUGAUUAGUUGUGUUGUCUUGAUAAUCAGAAACCUUUUAAUAAAUGAGCUUCUGCGUGCGAGGGGAGAAGCAGGAACCUUCCCGUCUUUUUCACUUGAUGAAUAUUUGUCACACUCCCCUGGGUGUUCACUAGGAGACUGCUGGUGACGUGGGGCAGUUUGUGGGAUGAUGGGGGAAAGCUGAGGGGUUCCCUUCUGUGGUUUCUGUUCCCUCUGAAGUAGGAGGUGAGUCAUCUCCUAGGAGAGGAGCUUGCCAUGAGGCAGGUGGCUUUAGACCGUAAAAAGUUCAAAAUUUCCCACAUGCUUGGUGGGUAGUCAACCAGGAAGCACAGGAGUGGGCCAGGCCAAGCGGCCCCUCAGGCUCGGGUACCAGGGACUUCUACCACCUCAGACGUGCUGUGGGUGGAGACGCCAUUGCCAGCUACAUGGACCCAGAGCCUGGGGCCGGGGUGGAGCCAGAAGUGGCUGUGGCUUUCCUCCUGCUCUUGCGCUGUGGCCUGUCCACUCACUUGGUUAGAAGCACGCUGAAUCAACUACUUGUCUCCCUCCUCCUGCCCUCCGGGUCUGGCCACCAUCCUCUGCCUCCUGUGUGCACCUACCCCAGCAUCCUGGUGACCUCCGGCCACAGGGUAGCGCUGGCGAACAGGAUGGAUAGGAUCCUCACCAGGCAGUGGCUGGGAAUCCUUGUCCCUGCCUCGCAUUCUUUUGGAAUGGCCCUGAGCUCAUUCUCUUCUUUAUAAAAACAGAUUUUAGAUUUCAGAACACUUUAGACUUAGAGAAAAACUGCAAAUUGUACAAAGAAUUCCUGUGAAUCUCGCACCCAGUUUCCUCUGUUGCUCAGAUCUGCGAUAGUGUAACGCUGUUGACCGAGGACUGAGCCUGUGGCCAUGUGUUGUUAUUAACGAAAGUCCCCUCUUUAUUUGGAUUUCCCCAGAUUUUCCUGUCCCCGGUUCCCAUCCGACAUCCCACAGCGCAUGUGGUCAUCGUGUCCAGGAGCCUCAGAUGUUCCAUUUUUGAUGUGUGUCUGUGUCCACAGAGGGAGGCUCUGGGCUCCAGCCCGGGUGCCGUGGUUGACAGGGUGGCUGUCAUGGGGAAGACAGGAGCCACUGAGUGCAUCCACAGGUUCUGGUAUUCUGUUCUCGUGAUGCUGAAGCUGGCGCCGGGCCCUGGGGGGAGGCCUGGGCCUCGGCAGGGAGGCAGGGUUCUCGGGGCAGCUGGCAGCCUCCAGCUCACUCAGCCCUCUCAGUCUGCAGGCAGAGUCUCAUUUCUGUCCCACCUCAGGAGAAUGAUGGCCUCACCUCGUCUCCCACACACACAGUGCCACCCAUUGGAGGCCUCUGUCCUGAAAUUGGAGAGUCUAACCCUGGGGGUCCUGGCUCCUCUAAGGCUGGGGGCUUCCUUGGGGUGGGGGAGAUGCUGAGUUAACCAGAGGAGUGCAGGGAAGUGUCCAUGACGUCCAAGCUUGUGGCCCUGACGUGGAGCUGGGCCUAACAGCGUUGGAGUGACCUGGGAGGCUGUUGGUAUGUAAGGACGGAUGUGGCUGCACACCCAGCACCUCCCCGGGGCUCUGCAAAAGGGACUUGUGCAGACUGCUCACAUCCCCAAGGGAAUGCUCACCAUCACCUGCAGGGGCCAGGAUGGGGCAGGCAGCUGAGGGGGGUGGCUAGCCAGGGCCAGGGACAAAGGCGCUGGGAGAGGACCUGUUUCCCACUUGGUGUGGUUGGUUCUGGGACAGUGCAGAAGGGUCCUCUAGGUCAGUAGUUCUCAACCCAGGUGAUUUACCCCCUCCCGUUCCCACCCUACCAGGGGACAGGUGGCAGUGUCUGGGCCCAUAUUUUGUUGCCACAGGUGGGGCAGGAGUUGGGGGUUCAUUGCUGCUGGCACUUCGUGGGUCGAGACCAGGUGCUGCUAGCCGUCCUUCAGUGCCCAGGACAGCUGCACCCCAGAGUGAUCCAACCCAGGAUGCUGUAGGGAAUCGAGCGGCUCCAGCUGGGAGCUGCCAGCGCCCGCCUGUGAUGACACUGCUGUCCCUGCCCAGCCUCCUCUGCCGCACGGUGGGACCCUGCACCACUCAGGGCACGCCACCAUCACCAACUACCUGUUGAACUAUUUCCCUGGUCUUGACCUUGAAAGGAGGAACGUGUUUGGCUUCACCGCCCUGAUGAAAGCAGCUAUGCAGGGCCGGACGGAGUGCGUCAGAGCCCUGAUGCUCGCAGGGGCUGAUGUACACGCCCGGGACAGCCGCCGUGGGAUGUCACCCCAGGAGUGGGCUGCUUACACAGGCAGGGUGGAGGCCGUCCGACUCAUGCAGAGGCUGCUGGAGCGACCCUGCCCUGAACAGUUUGGGGAGAAGUACAGGCCAGAGUUGCCGCUGACCCCGGAGGCGGUUCUGAAGCCUGCAGCCUCCAAAAACUGCUUGCAGAGGCUCGCUGAAUUCGUGCGGUCCGCACUGACCUCGCGCUCAGGCCGGGGCCUGGAGGAUGGGGGUGUCCUUGACCACAUGGUCAGGAUGACCACAAGCCUUUAUAGUCCCGCUGUGGCCAUCGUCUGCCAAACUGUGUGCCCUGAGGACCCUCCCUGUGUUGGAAAAAGGCGGCUGGCAGUGCAGGAAAUCCUGGCUGCUAAGGGGGACCAGGGCACCCUUGCCCAAGAGAGGGACGAGGCAGAAGGCGCUGAACAGCAAUUUCGGACUUCUGAGGUGGUGGGGGGCUCCGGAGAGGAGGCUCCGAGACUCAGUCCCCCGUCUCCCUACCUGCCAGGGGCCCAGGGGUCAGCCUCUGCCCGGCGGAAGGCCAGCCUCCUGCCCCUGCAGCUCCUGCGCCGGAGCAGUGUGCGGCCGGGUGUGGUGGUCCCCAGGGUCCGCAUCAGCAAGGCGCCUGCGCCCACCUUCCAGCCAGAGCGCAUAGGCCGCAAGGGCAGCGCCAAGGACAGCACCCACCUGCAGAUCCCCAAGUGGCGGUACAAGGAGGCCAAGGAAGAAAAGAAGAAGGCAGAAGAGGCCGAGAGGAAGCGCCAGGAAGAAGCGCAGAAGGAAAAGCGGGCGCCGCGCUGGAGGAAAAGGACGUGAAGGGGUCGGAGGGCCUGUGUGGGGCCAGCGCUGCGCUGCGGGGGCGCGGAGCCCCAGCGGGAGAAGGGCGGGGGCGCGACCUUGGAAAAGGUGGAGAAGCGCAGGGGAGGCUGCCCCCCGGCUGGGCGCUCAGAGGUGCGCCAGGCUCCUGCAGUGCGCUCCUCCAGCGCUGCGCCGCCUUCUGGGAUCCCAGGAAGUGGUCAAGUGUUCCCAAGAGGGAGCUGGGAACAGCACGUAUUGAUUUGCCUAACCCUCCUUCCUCUAGCAAUCAGUACACCUAGCGGGCAACACACCUAAUGUCUCCCUUUAGAGAACCUCGAUUAAGAAUUUUUAAAAACCAAUUUAUCAAAGGGUGUUUUUUUUUUUUUUUUGCAUAAUUUUGUACUUUUAAUCAUCAUUUACCAAUCUGCAGCAUUUUACAGGUGAUGGGACUGUUUGUAUUUAAGGCAGUUUUAAUAUAUGAGUCUGAAGACCCCUGGUUUAAAAUACUGUAUCUAGCAAUAAACAUUUGUGAGAGCUGUAUGAAUUCACACAAUUCAGCGGAUUCUCCCUCUUUUUGACAUUGGUUUUGGCUUUGCUUUUCCAUCUCAUUGUGGGUGCGCUUUGGCACUAGAUUUUCCUAUUUGAUUAAUUGAUGCCGAAUAUUUGUUUUUAUUUGAUGGAGGCAUUGACUUUUACAGCAAAAUGAUCAAAUGAAAUAGUUCAGAUUUCAGUGUCUUAUUUUAAAACUCUCUUGUUCAUACAGUUAUAAUAAUGAAAAUCAUUGUCGAAUUAUUAGGAAACAAUGCAUUAACUGCAUUUCUUGCUAGACUCAUUUUAAACAGGGGCUUUGGAUAAACUGCCUAGGAAAUCUUUUAUUGGAAAUAAGAGAAAAAUUGUCUUUUAAUAAGUGGGGUGGGCUUAGCAAAUGAUUACUGGAAAUACAAAAUUAAGUCAUACGUGCUCUUAGAUAAGUCAAAUCUGUAUAUCCUUAAAAUGUAAAAAUGCGGGAAAGAUAGGAUCCCAGAGGAAUGGAACUGCUGAAGGGGGCAGGAGGGUGAUUUUUAGGAACAGGAGGCUAGAACUGAGUUUUAAGCAAGCUUGUUUUGGGCAAAUUUCUAGGAGUAUUUGGCAUUUUCAGGCAGCCCUCUCAUCCAGGCUCAAGUGGAGUUUACUUUUAUUUCUCCUUUGAUGAUUGUCCCUGAUCUUCAGCACGUCCUUAUGCCAACUGUGUAAGAUGUCCAGGAUGUGGGGACUUUGGCAGGACGCAGAUGUGAGUUGCCUGGGCCCUGAGCUCUCAGGGGGAGUUUUCUGUUUAUGCUUUUAUCUCCAAAGACUGAGAAAUUCUUACUGGAUCUUAGAGUGUCUGUUACACAUGCACUUUAUUUAAAUAUUUAAUUGAAAUACUGGGAACCAUGGAUUUAAAAACUAUCAUAGACUGUUUGGAAGCUCUUUACUAUAACCCUGGAUACAUGCUAUCUGUCUCGUGAUGCAGGCAGUGAGUGGCUCUGGGUUCUCCUUGUGGCUUCCCAUCAGCACCUUCGGGAUGUUGAGCAAUCAGGGAUCUCACGCUAGCCCGUCCUCACUUAUCAGAUCAUAAGGCUGUGUCCAGGCUGAUGGAGAGACUGGUGAGAUAAAAAUACCGUGUUUCAGAAUCAGAUUUUAGCAUGUUUCUCCUUAAUCCCAGAAAGACAUCAAGAUGAAUGCCACAGAAUCCUGGACCCACCUUUAGAACUACGCAUAUUAGUUGAUUGUGGUUCACCCCUGUGGCUUGGAAGGUGGAUUUGACCACAUCUCCUUGACCUCAGUAAUCUUUGGAGGUUGUCUUUUCUGGGUCCCUGGCAUUGUGGCAUCUCCAUGCCAUGUCUAUGGAAUCCACAGCUUCACCUAGCUUGCCACAAGCUCCUCCCUCAUCAGCUAAGCGCCCAGCCAGGCAGUGCCAAAUGGCCUCUAAUCCGUGGCUUUCAACACUGGGUGCCCUGAGGACCACCAGGCAGUUUGUCAACAUUUCCUGCCUUUACCCCUACUGCAGAGGCUGGCACUGUGUUGGUCUGGGGGAGAAGAACCCCAGUGUUUGAGUUCCCAGGAGAGUACACUGCAGCUUGUGUUGAGAACUGCAGCUUCUCCUCUCACUUGGGGGUUGCUCUUCCUGGACACCCAUCCUGAGCUCCCACAGAAGGCUCUAACUUUGUAAGAAUGUCAAAUUAUCUUUGGAACAGCCAGUGUUAGGCAGUGUCUGUUCUGGCUGAUCCGGCAUCUGCCUGCCACUGCAUUGCCAAGUAGUCCUGCUUCUAACCACCGUGGGACCUGUGCACUGGGAAUGGUAUGGAGCCCCGCACCCCGUCAAGCCGUGUCUCUGCUCUACCUGAUCAGAAGUGCACAUUCCUGGUCCCACCGGCCCCCUACCUCACACGACCCAUUGUCAGUGUCCAGUGAUGGGUGGACUGUCAACAGCGGGACAGGUGGUCUCUUCAGUUUCUGUUCUGGGGCCUCCUCUCCUGUUUGUGCCAGCCUUGACCAGCUGCACAGGACGCACCUGACCAGCAUGGGGCUUGGCCAGCAAGACUGCUGGUGUCCACAGGACAGCUCCAGAGAUACAUGUGUUUAGAAAGUCUACCAGGCCAGCAAACUGGGGUCAGCCCAGCAGUUUCUUUGGCAGACUUGAAGGUGAACCCACCACGUUCCCUGUUCCAUGGGAGUGGCCAUGACCUGGUGGGCUUCGUGAAGUAAGAAUGACAGAUGCGUGGGGGAGCUGACUGGCAGGAGGGGAGCUGAGGUGUACCCCCAGACAGAAGAACUUGUCUGUGAAGCCCAAAGGACUCAAGUGCAGGAAGUGUCCGUGCAGAGCCUGGUGCAAACUCUCACCAGUCCCUCUCUCCAGAAUCAAAUCACUGUGGGCUGCCUGGGGAGGCCCUCUCUGGGGUGUCCUUGGGUGGGGUCCAGGUGGCUUCUGGACCAGGUGCCCAGCACUUGUCACUGUGGCUGUGUGGAAGCAUAUUUGCCGGCAGAGUUUUCCUUCAAGGACAAUGUCUCUCCCCUCUUUCCUCUCUCUAAGGAGGAGGCUUUUGCUCUCGUUUUCUCGGCCUCUUUGGAGUGGGCUACAGGACAGCCAGUGGACACUGUGCCCAGGCUUGGGCAGGCGGUGCAGGAGGUCAGGAAGAGAAGUCUGGAUGCUUCUCAGCAGGUGGCCUUUGGAGUCUCUCAAUUUGGGGAUCUGUGGGAGCACAAGGACAGAUAUCCUCAAGUGGGACCCUUCUGCCCAGGCUUGAAAGUGUCACUGCGAGAAGGGUGGGGGAGGCAGGUGGGGGCAGCAGCUGGGCUGGUGAUUAGCUCCACCGAGAGAGUGAGUAAGCUGGGUCACCUUGAGGAGGCUUGUGGGGCUCAGUGAGCCAGUCCCUUCUUAGGCAACAUUGUUAGGGUGACCUUCUCUGGGUAUGGGAUUCGCAGAGAAGACAUGAUCGUCUGGUCCCUGAGGCGGAGAGAAACCGCCCCUGGUCUCCCUGACAGUCCAGCUGGUGUCAUUUGUGUGUGUUUUUACUGCUUUGAACAGCGGCACCUCGUCACUGAGGCUCCGCCCUCCAUUUAUCAUCAGGUGCUGAUGGGCGAGGACCCACCACAGUGUCCCCUCCAGCUUCCACACUCCUUCCCUGAAGUCCUCUUUACCUUCUCUUUAGCUCCCCUUCCUUUUCUUUCUUGGCCUGUUUUCUUCUCCCAGUUUGGUUAAACUCCUUGCUCAUCUUUGGCACCAGCUGUCCUGAAGUCUAAAAAAAUCAGAACAGGGGUUCCUGAGACGCAUUAUGGUGGCCCUGCUGCACUGUCAGGUCAGGACCUCUGAGUCCCCAAGAAUGAGUGAGCAGCAGACCCCGCCACUCCUGUGCUGGGCUCCCGCCUCAGCACCCAACCCCUCCCGCUUUUAGGAAGGGUGGCCUGGUCUGCUCUCCUGACAUGGGACAGCACAGAAGGCGCAGGCUUGGGGCCUCUGCUUGCACCCAGGGUGUUUAUUAACUGUAAAUAGCGAAUUUCAAGUUGACAGGUAUCUUCUCAGGGAUUUAUAUAUAAAUAUAGUUAGGAGAACGGUGAAGUAUAUUUUAAUACGUUUUAGAGCUUGAGUAAAUUAUGAUUAAACUGGACAGAAGAAAUAUUUCGAAAACAUUGUUAAUGCUGCUGAUUUUAAGUGAGGUUUCUGGAACUUACCCCUCGGCAGAGAUUUCCUUGGUUACUGGAGAUUGGGGGACCCUGGCAGAGGAAUUGGCUGUGGGGUGGCUGUGAAGUCGCUUCUGUGUGAGAAGAGGUGGCUACUUGACAACGCUGAUGGGCCCUGCAUGACUUCUACCUCUAGAGCUGGCUGCGCCAGGUCUGACGCUGCAGGUACACAGUGAUGCUGAUGCGGUUUUUCCCAUUUGCUGUGUGCUUAAGCGUCCCGCAGGCUGCCCAGCACCAGCCUACCAAGAAGGAGUAGGGAGAGUCGGAGCUGCUCCUCUCUGCUUGCUGUAGAGAAGUGCCCACGUCACAUCAUGGACAUCCUGGGAAUCACGGACAUCAUGGUGCAGCCUCUCGGGCUACCCUAGCAGAUUCCCAGCAGCGCUAGAUACCUCAGAAUUGCAAGGCCAUCACCACCUCCGCUUUGGGCACUCCUGAGAUGACAGCUCAUUCCGUGGCUCAGGAGAGUUUGUGACAUGGGCUGGAAAAUGGGAUUUGUGAUGCCUCUGUCCGUUCCUUCCCAGCUGUCAGCAGGAACCAGACCUCUGGAGUAGAGGCUGCUGUGGGUGAGACAGAGGCCCAGAAGGGGCCCAGAUCUCAGGCCCCUUGAUGGAAAGACUACCAUCUCAGACAGUUGGGAAGCCACAGGACUCCCAAGUUCCAUGAAGAAAUGGCUCCUGGAGAGUAAAGGAGUGAGCCCAAAGCAGGAGAGGGUAGGAAGUGCCCUGCACGCUCCCCCUGUCCACACUAGCUAAAGCCAGAAGACCCUUUUUGUAUAAUUUGCCUUGACCUAAGUUUGCCCUGGGGAGUGGGUUACACCCUGAUGCGAGUCUCCAGGUGUACUACAGGGUCGGGCUGGCUCCUUGUUAACACUACGCUUGCUUCCCACUUGGGUCAGAGUGGUCAGGCACUACUGUGCACUCCCAGCACAGUUGGUCUGUUAUGUGAUGAAGUGCUUUUUCUUUACAGUACUUGGGAAGUCACCUAUCUUCCACGUGUUUGCUCAGGGUCUCGGUCUUGCACAACAGGUAGCUGUUUGAAUUCUGGACCCUGCUGCCUCGUUCUUGGUUUGCUGCCCACCAGAAGCACACAAGCCCCCCACUUUGAGCCAGGCAGUCACCUGGAGGGCCUCCGUCUUCUAGGGAAAGAAAGGAUGGAACAUUGAUCCUGUUCUUAUUAAGAUUCAUAGGAAACAGAAAGUAUCGAUCGUGAUAGAUCCUUACAACAAGCCAGUCACGGUUAUUGAGACACGUGGAACUGUCACAGCAGAUGACAUUAGCCACAAAGAACUUAGAACAAACCUAGUUCUUCCUAAAGUGCUGAUUGUUCAAGUUCCCACCUCUGGACACAUUUAGAACUUGUUUUAUGCACCUAUAUAAUAACUCUUGAGUCAGCGAGUCAUUUCUGUGCCCUUGGGUUCACAUUUCUUCAUUAAGAUUUUAAAUAAGUGGCUAAAAAAUGCCUCUGAUUUUUUUUUUAAUUUAAAGAAACGGGAGAAAACAAAACAAAACAACUACCUGCAUUGAUUGGACUGAUUUUCAAGGACAUUGAAUGCCAGUGCUCACACUCAGUUUCCUCACUCUGUCUGCAAUAAGACUUCUGUGCGAAGUGCACCCCUGUUGUGUGCCAGCAAGCACAGUGUGUGAUAGGGUGACUGUGUGCAGAGGUGACCAGGCACACACACGUGCACGCACACCAGGUACACACAGAUGACCUCAAGGGAGACCAGAUUGCCUGGAAAGGUGACAGUGGCUCCCAGGGAGUGUCUAGGUGACCCACUUGGUCAGAAGAAUCAUAAACCUGAGGGCUCCCUGGGAGUCCAGGUAACGCGUCUCUUUUUGAAAGAUGACCCAGGCAGUUUGAACAGAGCCACUUUGGCCGGGUCUGUGAGAUCUCUCUGCCUUGAUCAAGGCACCUGACCAUCCAUUACGAGUUCUAGAAGCUGGUUUGGAACCAUAUAACUAUGGUUACACUCAAUGGGAACCAAGUGCAUGAUACCACACUCCCAGGAAUGGUACCCAGCAAUCCCAGGAACCCUCGGUGGAUUCAGACUCUUGGUUUGAAUCAGAUUCUUCAUUCAAAUGAAGUGUUAGAGCUAAUCUUACUGGGAUUUUCUUUGCUCAGAUGACAGAUGGCGUUUACUGGAUGUCCCAGGAUCUGUGUUUUUAAGCAAUGGUGUCUUUGUGAUAGGUUAGGAAUGGAACAGACUUUUGCACAGGGUGCUGGGUUUCAAAUUUUGUCAUUUUGGUAUAAACGGGUCUUAGAACCUGUUUUCUGAAUGUAAAGCUAUUUUGUUUAUCAUUUCUAUAAACCCAGACUUGAUACUGUAAAUCUAUUGAAUAUGGAUAUAAUUAUAUACAUUUCAGAGUGUUUUAUUUUAAGGUGAGAGUUUUGUUACAGUUUAUAAGAGAUAUUUUCCUAUUUAGAUCUCAGGGCUAUCUUGGGACCUUCAGAUAAAUGUGACCCCCCCUCCCCAGCAGCUUCAAUUAUUGAUAUUCAAAAGGUUCAUGAUUUUUAAGUUAAAUGUGAUAUUUUCAGCAGAAAGAAUGUUUUUUCCUUUUUAACUUAUGACAAAUUCUAUUGAAUAUUUUAAGUCUAGAAAAAAGAUGUGGUAGUGUAAAAACAUGGGGAAAUUGUGGCAAAAGAAUUAAAACCACUUGCAAAAUAAACAUUCUCAUGUGACAUUUGAAUAA